AUGGCAGAUAUAAAACAGCAAAAUUUUCUCAAAUUGUGCUGUAACACAUUGGUUUCAGUCAAACCAGGGAACUGCAGUGCACAGGCAGGAGACCAGUGCAGUGUGCCUUGUACAAAGGAUAAUGAAUGUCCAGGGAUAGAGAAGUGCUGCAGUUUGACCUGUGGCCAGACUUGCCUGCCUCCCAAAGAGUUGGCUUGCAGCAGUAGCCCUUGUCAAAACCAAGGUGUGUGUACGGCAUUCGGAGUCGAUCGCUAUGCAUGCGGGUGCCGUGCUGGUUUCUCUGGAGCCCACUGUGAAUCAUAUGUCGGCACUGCUUGCUCCAGAACGCUUAACCUUUGUGGGGCUGGUGGAACGUGCCAGCCUGUGGGCAAUGAGAACUACAGGUGUAUGUGUAUGAGUGGCUACUAUGGCGACCAUUGCCAAUUCUACAACGGGACUGUGGGGACGGUCUGCACAAGGACGCCAACAAUCUGUGAAAAUGGCGGAUCCUGUAUGCCUGAAGGCACCAAUGGCUACAGAUGCAUGUGUUUCUUUGGAUUCUAUGGUCGAAAUUGCGAGUAUCACAAUGGAACUGUACCCCCUCCUACUGGAGUCUGUCAGAAUUUUUUCUGCCCCCUUGAGAUGUACUGUGUAGCACAGGAGGAGUGUAAGGUGGGAGAGGGCAAUAAGACAUGCAGAACAACUCCUGUAUGUAAAGCCAGAGACAUGUGCAGCACUAACCCCUGUAUGUUUGGUGGUUCCUGCACCCAGGACAGUGUGCAGGGUUACAGGUGUUGGUGUCAGCAGGGAUUUACAGGGAGAAAUUGUGGCAUCCCGGCCUCACACCGAGGAGUUUGUGGGAAAGUGGACAUAGUGAAACUGCUUCACAAGUUAGUGGCAUCUCCAUCAUCACUAGGAGCAGACUGUGUGGUGGACUCUGACUGUGGGAGUGACCAGAAAUGUUGUCUCUCAGACUCGGGGGUCAGGUGUGUCUGGCCAGAAGCUACAGGUGCGAGCUUGUGUGAACAGCAGAACUACACUAUGAUGAUGGUGAAGGAAAGCUUGCGAAACCUGAGCCGUGUAGACAACGUUACGCUGUCACAGCUGAUGAUUUUUGCUGAGGAUAAUCGAGUUCAACGUUACAUCUACCAGAUGUACAAGGUGAAUGUGUCUCAGCUCCUGGGCAGUCUGGGUGAACUACAAAGCCUAAGUGUGGGUGCUUUACUGAACAUGUCAAGCCAGUAUCUAGCCUUGCCUUACCCCAACUGUACAUAUGACAGCCAGGAGUUUGAGCCCGUGCAGUGUUCUAGAUUUAUGAAUGGAAGCAUCCAGCUGUGUUACUGUGCCGAUGUUGAGACUGGAGAGAUGGUAGGCCAGGUGACCUAUUAUCCGUGGAAACCCGUCUGCCAUCGUCAAGAUGUCGGCACUGCUUGCUCCAGAACACUUAACCUUUGUGGGUCUGGUGGAACGUGCCAGCCUGUGGGCAAUGAGAACUACAGGUGUAUGUGUAUGAGUGGCUACUAUGGCGACCGUUGCCAAUUCUACAACGGGACGGCGGGGACAGUCUGCACAAGGACGCCAACAAUCUGUGAAAAUGGCGGAUCCUGUAUGCCUGAAGGCACCAAUGGCUACAGAUGCAUGUGUUUCUUUGGAUUCUAUGGUCGAAAUUGCGAGUAUCACAAUGGAACUGUACCCCCUCCUACUGGAGUCUGUCAGAAUUUUUUCUGCCCCCUUGAGAUGUACUGUGUAGCACAGGAGGAGUGUAAGGUGGGAGAGGGCAAUAAGACAUGCAGAACAACUCCUGUAUGUAAAGCCAGAGACAUGUGCAGCACUAACCCCUGUAUGUUUGGUGGUUCCUGCACCCAGGACAGUGUGCAGGGUUACAGGUGUUGGUGUCAGCAGGGAUUUACAGGGAGAAAUUGUGGCAUCCCGGCCUCACACCGAGGAGUUUGUGGGAAAGUGGACAUAGUGAAACUGCUUCACAAGUUAGUGGCAUCUCCAUCAUCACUAGGAGCAGACUGUGUGGUGGACUCUGACUGUGGGAAUGACCAGAAAUGUUGUCUCUCAGACUCGGGGGUCAGGUGUGUCUGGCCAGAAGCUACAGGUGCGAGCUUGUGUGAACAGCAGAACUACACUAUGAUGAUGGUGAAGGAAAGCUUGCGAAACCUGAGCCAUGUAGACAACGUUACGCUGUCACAGCUGAUGAUUUUUGCUGAGGAUGAUAGAGUUCAACGUUACAUCUACCAGAUGUACAAGGUGGAUGUGUCUCAGCUCCUGGGCAGUCUGGGUGAACUACAAAGCCUGAGUGUGGGUGCUUUACUGAACAUGUCAAGCCAGUAUCUAGCCUUGCCUUACCCCAACUGUACGUAUGACACCCGGAAGUUUGAGCCGGUGCAGUGUUCUAGGUUUAUGAAUGGAAGCAUCCAGCUGUGUUACUGUGCCGAUGUUGAGACUGGAGAGAUGGUAGGCCAGGUGACCUAUUAUCCGUGGAAACCCGUCUGCCAUCGUCAAGAUGUCGGCACGGCUUGCUCCAGAACACUUAACCUUUGUGGGUCUGGUGGAACGUGCCAGCCUGUGGGCAAUGAGAACUACAGGUGUAUGUGUAUGAGUGGCUACUAUGGCGACCAUUGCCAAUUCUACAACGGGACGGCGGGGACGGUCUGCACAAGGACGCCAACAAUCUGUGAAAAUAGCGGAUCCUGUAUGCCUGAAGGCACCAAUGGCUACAGAUGCAUGUGUUUCUUUGGAUUCUAUGGUCGAAAUUGCGAGUAUCACAAUGGAACUGUACCCCCUCCUACUGGAGUCUGUCAGAAUUUUUUCUGCCCCCUUGAGAUGUACUGUGUAGCACAGGAGGAGUGUAAGGUGGGAGAGGGCAAUAAGACAUGCAGAACAACUCCUGUAUGUAAAGCCAGAGACAUGUGCAGCACUAACCCCUGUAUGUUUGGUGGUUCCUGCACCCAGGACAGUGUGCAGGGUUACAGGUGUUGGUGUCAGCAGGGAUUUACAGGGAGAAAUUGUGGCAUCCCGGCCUCACACCGAGGAGUUUGUGGGAAAGUGGACAUAGUGAAACUGCUUCACAAGUUAGUGGCAUCUCCAUCAUCACUAGGAGCAGACUGUGUGGUGGACUCUGACUGUGGGAAUGACCAGAAAUGUUGUCUCUCAGACUCGGGGGUCAGGUGUGUCUGGCCAGAAGCUACAGAUGCUGUCUAG